GCACUCUCAAUUCAGCCAGUCAGUCGCGCAUCACUGGUGGUCGGGGUGAGAUACGUACUCCCGCACCACUCACUGCCCCACUCACUCGCCGCCCAGAGUUGCUGCCCCACCUGUCUUCCUGCGCUCCCGGGACGUGAAAAUGCACAUCACGUCCCUUUGUGUGGCCGUGGCCUUCACCUUGGGCCUGGUUCAUGCUGAGUUGGUGCGGGUGUGUGUGCCAGAGCGCGGGUUUGGACCAUGCCAGGAGAUGAUCACGGAGCGAGCCUUCUCUGACCUGAAUCUCCAGUGUGUUUUGGGCCCCGACAAGUAUGGGUGUAUGGAGAAGGUGGUGGCAAAGGAGGCUGACACAAUGACGGUGACAGGAGAGGACGUGUACCUGGCCCGCGAACUGUAUGAUCUUGACCUUCGACUGGUGGCUGAAAUGCGUGUGAAGGAGAGAGCAAGUGAACCAUGGCGCUAUCAGGCCGUGGCAGUGGUGAGGCGCAACACAAUACGCAGCGUGGCAGACAUGAAGGGCGCCAAGUCAUGCCACACAGGGUAUGCCAGGAAUACAGGCUGGAACAUUCCCUUCUCCCAUCUGCUGGAAAUGGGGCAGAUUCAGAUGCAGUGUGACACUUCAGCAACAGUAGUGGAACACGACAUUAAGGCUGUGAAUGCAUACUUCAGUCAAGCCUGCAUCCCUGGGCCAUGGGUACCUGACAGUGACACAGAUUCCCUGCUCAAGAGGAGGUACAGGAACAUGUGUGCUCUGUGUGGCCAGCCUGAUGUGUGUGGCAAAGAUGAUCCCCACGCCGGGUACCAAGGGGCCCUCACCUGCCUUGUGGACGGUGGUGCUGACGUGGCAUGGAGCAAGUUGUCUGUGGUAGAGGAGUUCUUCAGGGGCAGGAGUGAGGUGGCAUCAGAGUAUGGCUUGCUGUGUCCUGACGGCCGUGUGCUGGAGCUGAGCAGUGCCUCCGUCAAGCAGUGUCGCUGGGCAUCCCGACCCUGGAAUGGCUGGCUUGUCCGUUCAGCUAAUGAGAACAACAAGGCCAUCAUCACAGCCAUCACCAGGAUGGUCGAUGCUGCCGCACCGCCCUUGGAGGAGAACCAGCGGCCCUGGAGCAACCCUGUGCUGGGUGUGUGGUCUCCCUCUGCCAUCCACGUGCGGCCUCAGCCUGUCUCCCCGCGGGACUACCUCAAGGAGCACAAGUACGACACCACUAUUGACCGUCUGGGCUGCACUGAGGUUCCUGUCAAGCUGUGUGUGGAAUCCAAGUUCUCGCUGGAGAAGUGUCAGGCACUGGCUCAGGUGUUCAAGUCACGCAGGAUCCGCCCCGGCCUAGUGUGUGUCACCCCAGACAGCGGCAACUGUCUUAGUAUGGUGGCCAGUGGUGGUGCCCACAUCACUACUGCAGAUGGUGGUGAUGUGUACCAUGCUUACAGGGACCAUCAACUUAUGCCCAUUGUGUCCGAGCGUUAUGGGUUGCUGGAUGCUUCGUACUUUGCUGUGGCUGUAGUGCACACCAAAUCCAACAUCAGCUCCCUCAGUGACCUGCGGGGCAAGAAGUCAUGCCACACUGGGAUUGGCAGGACAGCAGGCUGGAAGAUCCCUGUGGUGACCCUGCUGAAGGCCGGCCUGCUGAAGGAGGGCGACUGUGACUUUGCAGCACAGAUUGGGAACUUCUUCAGCAGCUCCUGUGUGCCUGGAGCCAAAGACCCCAAGUAUGACCCCAAGGGCACCAACCCUGAGUCCCUGUGUGACCUGUGUAUUGGUAACAAUGUGAAUGGAGCACCAGGGCCUGUACAGGGGAAGUGUGACAGGCGGCCCAUUGAGGCGUUCUCUGGCUACACUGGGGCCUUCAGGUGUCUGGUGCAGGGUGGUGGCGAUGUGGCCUUCAUCAAGCAGACCACUGUUGGGGAGAACACGAAUGGGAACAACAACAUGUCCUGGGCUGCCAACCUUCGCUCCACAGACUUCAAGCUUCUCUGCCGCAACACAGGGGCUGCUGAUGUUGUUGAUUAUAACACCUGUAACCUGGCCAGAGUUCCUGCACAUAAGGUUAUCAUUGACCCCAAGCUGAGCGCUGUCAUGAAGGAGGAGGUGAGGAUUCUUCUGCUGAGAGCGUCUGAUGAGUUCCCACCAGGACAGGAUGUGUUCAAGAUGUUUGGGACCUUUAAAGGAAAGCAGGAUCUCAUUUUUAAGGACUCAGCCACAGCACUGGUCAACAUUCGUAUGGACACCUUCCACAAGUCUCUCAAUGACUCCUACUACGAAACACUGCAGAAGCUAGAUGAGUGCAAGCUGGAGAGCAUCCCACUGAGGCUCACAGAUGGAAAUGAUGGAGCCACGACUCUCUCCUUCGUCCCCACCUACAUGAUGCUGUGUGCAGCACUGGCCUGGCUGCUGGCCCACUGAUCUUGUCACUCACUCACACAUACACACAUCAUGUAGCCUCCACUUACACACAAACACACGCACACACACACACACACACACACACACACACACACACACACACACACACACACACACACACACACACAUUCAGAAAUAUUGGAAUAGAUUACAAGAUAUGAUAGAAGCAAGGAAAGUACUUAAGUGAAAAAAUUAGACUUGGCUUCUGGUUCACUAAUCUAAUCUCAGCCACCCCCCAACCACACACACACACACACACACACACACACACACACACACACACACACACACACACAUACAUAGAAAAUUAGAUACUUGGAAUAGAUUAUGAGAAUAGAUGACAAGCAAGAAUGUACAUCAACAAAAAGAAAACAAUAGAGAAAGUGUUAUACAGGACCAUAUUGAUGUAGCUCAGGUCCUGUAUAUUACAACUAUGUUAACACACACACACACACACACACACACACACACACACACACACACACACACACACACGUUCUUUCUCACAUAUUAGCAGGCUCUUCAAAUGCUGGUUUUAAUAUAAUAUUCCCUGCUUUUUUUUUUAUAGAUCCUCCCUUACUAAUAAGCAAGGUUUUAUAUGCUAAUGAAGUUCUUUUAAAAAACUGGCAUAUUUUAUUACAGCUUACUUAUAUAUUUCUCUAUUUUUUACUUUAUAUAUUUUUUUUUGAGGAAGAGGAGCACUGGUGCAUUGCAAUUAAUUUAAUGUGACAAUUUUGUGCUGCAUAAUUUUGAGUCUAAUAUGUAGUUUGUUAUUUGGUAUAUUUUACUUUAUAGCUUUGCAUCUUUCUUGUUUAAGCAUUCAGUGGUGAAGGAAUAGAAUUUGUGGCAGUUUUGUGGGGCAUAAUUUUGCUAUUUGGCAUAUAUGCAACUUUAUAUUCAUGCAUUUAUGUUUUUUUAAGAGUUGGCUAGGCAAGUGAUAUGAAAGACUAAGACAAAGAUCCGUCACUCUAUCUAUGUGCCAAGCUGCCAGAGUUGUCUUUUGGUGUACACUCUGCUUUGCUACUUUGUCUAUGUGUCUUUCCUUUCUAAGAGUUGGCUGGUCAAGAGAUACAAAAGGCUAAGACAAAUAUCCAUCUAUCUACAUAUCAUUCUGCCAGAGUUGAGUUUUGGCAUACAUUCUACAUCACAUAUAUGCAUCUUUCUUUUUCAAGUCUCGACUGAUCAGGGGAUACAAGAUACUAAAACACCUAAAGAUAGAUAAAGAGCCAACAUUAUGCCCACACUCCUAAACAAGGUAGAUUUAAAAGGUAUGCACAAAUCAGGAAGAUACGUUAUCAUGUGCUGUGAUGUUAAGUGACCUUGAUGUAACCCUGAACUGUUUGUAGAGUGAAGGUUGUGAGGUAUUUAACCCUUUCACUGUGACACGACACAAUUAGCAGCACCAGAAGCAAUGCGCAAAGUCUUUAUAAGCAUCAACAAGAAAGUUAGCGACGAAAAAGAAUAGAUUUUGCAAUUUCUUCCCAGUUCAAAGAUUGGAUGUGGCUGGAGAACAAGUAAAGAUGUGUUAGAGUGAUUGGUAAUAAGGGAAAGGUGUACCAAGUGGCAGUCAAAGGGUUAAGAGUGAAGGUUGUGCGGUGUUUAGUGAAGGUUGUGAUGAGAGGUGUUGACACUUUCUAUGCAUACAUUCCUAACAGUGAUGAUUAGAGCCAGUUUCAUGGUCUUUUUUGUAAGCUCCCUAACUGAAGUACUCCCAUGUUUACAAGUGCCUGAAGAAAUCUGAAGUGGUUUCGUUAGUAAAUGAAAAAUGACGAUUGUGGAAUUGGUCCUUUGUCCCCUGCGUAGUCUAAUAUUUGUAUCAGUGACAUUGAGGUGAAAUAUAUAUCUGAAGCCUGAAGAAA